CAGUUGAGUGACGACGGCGGACGGUCGAUCACCGCGUUGGCGUUUUCGUUUUCGUUUUUUUUUUUCGACAGAAAAGUUCGUUAUAACAUAUUCCCCGCGGGUAACUUGCCCGUUGUCGAGGAAAACUUGCGCACACCGACCGAAAACAUUAUACAAACGUCAUAAUAAUAAUAAUAAUAAUAAUAAUAAUAAUAAUAAUAUACAACACGCGUGUUCGAGGUUUUUGGCGGAAAUCGAUUUUUUUUUUUUCGUUGUAGUCGUCGUUCCGUCCUCGUUUCGCGUUUAUAUAUAAUUAAAAUAAUUGUGAGUGCACCUGCCUGCCCGCCUGCCUGCUAGCCCGCAAAGGACCCAUUUAAAUAUUAUAUAAUAAUAUACUCGGACUCCCCCGGGCCGACUCGUGAUGUAUGCGAGGCACACAUAGUUUAUUGGCACCGGUGGUGCGCCCUGAGUCGUCGUGUUUCUGAAAUAAAAAUAAUAUCGUCGUCGUCAUUCGCGAGUUCAUCUGCUCCAGACCAUGUGGCGCCGGUGUGCUGGUGUGAUGCUGUAACGAUACUUGUAGAUCUCGAUUUUCCCCUAAAAUUUUCCUGUCUCAGAGUGUCGUUCCUCUUUCUCCCGACCAGAGAUGGACGACGACAACAAGUGCCACCGGACCGAGAACAACAACGAAGACAUGCAGCUCCAGACCACCGGGCGAGCGUUGCAAUCGUUCCCGAAAAGGCCCGAAGUCCACUUGUCGUUCGAAAGUCUCACCUACACCGUGAAUACCUACAAAAGGUUGAAAAAAGUGAAAAAGGAGAUUUUGCACGGCAUCGGUGGCAGUUUCCGGUCUGGACAACUAACGGCCAUCAUGGGACCGUCGGGCUGUGGCAAGAGCACAUUACUCAACGUCCUCGCCGGAUACUCGAUAAGUGGAAGUUCAGGUCAAGUGUAUUUGAACGACUCGUUACGAGAUAAAAAACAAAUGGCGAACAUCAGCUGCUACAUACAGCAGGACGAUUACGUGCGCGACAUGUUGACCGUCAGGGAAUCUAUGACGGUGGCCGCCCACCUCAAGUUACCUACAACCGUGUCUGCGAUAUCAAAGGCCAACCAAGUGGAGGACCUGCUGGACGCUUUGGGUCUGUCCGUCCACGGAGACACCGUUACCAAAAGUCUCUCCGGAGGCCAGAAAAAGAGACUGUCUAUCGCUUUAGAACUCAUAACUAACCCGUCGAUAUUAUUUCUAGACGAGCCCACCUCUGGUUUGGACAGCCAAUCUUGCAGCCAAUUUGUGUCACUGAUGGCUGACCUAGCCCACAACCAAAGCCGUACCAUGGUAUGCACACUGCACCAGCCUAGUGCUUUACUGUUCGAAAAGUUUGACCAAGUUUAUGCUUUGAGCUCGGGCCAGUGCAUCUACCAAGGACCACCCAACUUUGUUAUUCCUUAUUUUGCCGAACGGGCCAUCAUAUGUCCACCGUACCAUAAUCCAGCUGAUUUUUUGAUCGAAGUGGCCAUAGGUGAAUAUGGUAAUGACGUACUCGUCGAAUUGUUCGAUACAACAAAAAUCAACAACACAAAAUAUGGUCUCAAUAAGUGUCAUACGAUUUCUGGAGAAGACCACGAAGCAAUAGAAUUAGAAAUUGGCUCGUGCCAGGAAGACAACAAUAAAAAUGAAGAACGGCCUUAUAAAACAGAGCUUUUAUAUAAGCCUCCAUUUUAUGUACAGAUCUAUCAUUUAUACCUGCGGAACGUAACCAUGCACAAACGUAACAAAACUAAUUUGCUGUUGCGAAUUGCCGUCCACUUCGUCGUAGCCCUCAUAGUCAGUUACAUGUACCGUGGAGUGGGCAACGACGCUGCUCGAGUACUCACCAACAUGAAAUUCGUGUACGGUUCCAAUUUAUUCUUGGUCUACACCGGUCUGAUGGCCGUCAUCGUUUCUUUCCCAUUAGAGUAUAUGGUCUUGAAGAGGGAACACUUCAACGGUUGGUACACACUUUUCCCGUACAUCAUAUCCGUAUUGCUGGUUGAAAUCCCGCUGCAGAUGUUGUGUUGUUUCGUCUACAUCGUUCCAGCUUACGCGAUUACCGACCAACCUUUGGAACUCAUGCGAUUCGGUUACUUCUCCGUUUUCUUGGUGGCCACUUCCUUGACGUCACAGAGCGCAGGAUUCCUGUGCGGAGCAACUAUGCCACUGAAGAUGUCUGUGUUCAUUGGACCAGUGUUUGUGGUGCUACUUUCCGUUUUCGGAUUCGCUAUAAGGUUCCCAGACAUACCCUCCAUGUAUGUCUGGCUUCACCAUUUCAGUUUCAUUAGGGCGUCGUUCCAGAGUAUUUUGUACUCACUGUACGGGCUCGGCAGAGGCGUUUUACCGUGCUCCGACGAAAUGUACUGCCAUUACAAGAAUCCAGUGAAGUUUCUCACCGAAAUGGAAUUCGCCCGAGUUAACAUUUAUCCUGAAUUUGUCUACAUAUGCUCUUUUUUCUUAUGCACUUAUGUGCUAACAACAACUGUCAUAUGGUACAGGCUGAACAAACGUUAGAUCUCACUCGAAACCAUCAUACCCGCAAUAAGAUUGACGAGACCUCACAUGUAUCACCAAAGUGGUUUUUUUUCUGAUAUGUAUCAUAUUUAGCCAUUUAGGUAUUAUAUGUUAUAGUUAUUUAUGUGUGAAGUAUGUUUAAUGCAAUUAUUGUAUUAUGUCACAAAAAUAUAAAUUAUUUGAUCAUAAAUUAUUAUGUAUGUAUAUAACGUAAUUUGAAAAUCAAAUUAUUAAUUUACAAAACCCUCUUAAGAGGGCGCUACCCAUGCAUUUGUUAUCGCCAUCUUAUGCUGACAAUCUGUUAGUUCUGAUAUUAUUAUAAAUUGACCUACUAUCAAACUUUUAGGUAAGAACAUCAUCUGUGCUUAAGCGUUGUCAAUUUUUUCGAUAUUUUAAUUUUCAAGCGAGAAAUGAGCAUUUUUAAUUUUUGAUAUUUCACGCAUCCAUAUCUUUCAUGAAAAUUAAAAUAUCGAAAAAAUCUAUAAUCUAUCCUACCACCCCAAUCUUUUAAUAAAAAACAAUCAACCCUUUCCAUUCUGGAAAAUACCCUAUAAAGCAACUAGUGUCAUGAUAUUCUUCUCAAUAGCUAAAAUAAUAUUGUUUGUACAAAGCUAAUGCGUUAAAAUACUAAAUAACUGUUAAAUAGGUGUGAUUACCAAUGGGUGGCUUCUGCCAUCAAAAAUUUAAUUUGUAUAUAUUUUACACUUUUCAAUUUUUACUCAUUGUUCUUUACAGAAUAUAUUGUAAGUACCAUAAUGAAAUAAAAAUGAAAAAUAAAAUGAGCUAAUUGGUUUGCCCUUGUGAUGUUUGCAAACUGUUGAUGCUCCGCCGUAGAUUAACAUUCAUAGUAUUGUAAUCGUGUUCCUAAAAACCUGUGUUUUAAAUUAUUUUAAUAUUAUUAUUAAAAGUGUUCAGAGCGAGCUAUGUAUUAAACACUUUUUUGUCCCGCCAAACUAU